UUGCGCCUGCAACGUGAAGUGAAGGCCAGGUUACAGAUGGAAAAGAAUUGUUGAUGGUAAAUCGUGCAAAUUCGUCUUCCCGGUCACGAAAAUGGUUAAAGAAUCUCUUGCCGAGCUACAGAAAGCCGCUGAAGAAAUAAGAGAUGGAUUGAAGAACGUUAAUGAAGACAUAAAGAAGCUAACAGGAAGGGAUCCAACUGAGAACUUGAGAGCUGGAAACAGAAGGAUACAGUUGAAAAGAAAUUCAUUUCAGCGUGGUGUCAGGACAGAGAACCCCAUUGCAAAGCAAAGAAGAGAAUCAGAUACAAUUGGGGCCAGAAGAUGGGGAAGGACUGUGGAGGCUGGAUCAAGAAUUUCUGUUGAUGAGCAGAGGUUGGAUAGCAGUGGUGAUGAAGAUGAUUCUUCAAAGCCUGCUAUCCAGUCAGUGAUUGCAAGUGAUUUGAAACCAGCUCGUGUUCAAUCCAACAAUGCAGAAGAAGACAGCGGUACAAAAUCUAGAAACCGUAGAAUGUUUGGUUUUCUGGUUGGCACUUUGCAGAGAUUUAAGGAAGAUACAAGACAAAAGACUCGUGGGGAGAAGAAAAGGGAAGAAAUAGAGAAAAAACUUGAGGAAAAAGCGGCACAGGAGAAACAAGAACUGAUAACUCAAAAGAGGGAGCUCUUUCAAGCAAGGAGGGAAAAGCAGCAGGAGUUGAAAUUUUUAGAAACAAAAAUGGAAAAUGCUGUUCUUAAAGAGGAAAUACUUGAACACAACAAACAUCUUGGGAACUUCAUUCGACUCAAGUGUAAUCCUCCACUGUUCUAUCUCCCUGUGAAGCACACUGAAGAGACAAAACGGCUAUUAGAAGAGACUAAGACUACUCUAAAAGAUUUGCAAAAUACAAGAUUCAAAGCACUGGAUUUUGAAGAUGAUGCUGAAUUAAAUACAUCAAUGAGCAUAAGCGUUGAUACGGGUAAGGAGGUUAAAAACGAGAGUGUGAAAGCGAGAGAAGUCGGACAUAGAGGGCUAUUUGAUAAAGAUAGAGAUCAGUUAGAAGAGAAAGAAGAGACAGAAAUGGGUAAAAUAGAGGGAGAGAAUGGGUUGAGUGAAGGGGAACAUCAGAUUGGUGAGGUAAAUGAACUCUUUGAAGGUAGGAGUGACAGAGAAAAGUUAGAAAAAGUUGAUAAUGAGGAAGUGGUCAGCAGUAAACUUCUUAUAAGUAAUGCUAAUGUACCUGGAGGGGAAAUACAGGGUGAUGAGAGUCUGUGUGAAGAUAAGGAGAAUAUUGAAGGAGAAAUGAACGCAGAAAGGAAUGGGGAAAAGGAGAUGGGGGAAGAGUUAACCAAGCGAGAGGGUGAAAAUGAGGAAGCGAGAGAUUGUGAUAGAGGAAAGUCGGAGAAUUUUGGGAAUUUCAAUAGCAGCCAAUUUAGUACAGUUGAAGCAAGCCACGAUAUAGCAACUGAUAAGCAGGAAACUCUGCAAGACACUACAAGCAUGGACAAUAAUGAAAAUUUGGCGACUUCUACACAAGAAUUACCCAGCUCAGACUUUACUAGUAUUCCUAUGAUUGCAGAACCUGGUGAUUUGACAGCUCUGCCCACCAAUCCUGAAGGUGAUGAAGCAUCCAUGAAAGUUGGCUAUUAGCUUGUUUUUUUCUAUUAAAUGUCGUGUUUUGCAAACCUUGAAUAGGAAAGGUCGUCCGAGUGUAUGUUUUCAGAAAUGAACCGGAACGAAAAAUGCAAAACUUUGUUCAGAUGGGCUGAAUUCUUGUUCAAAGUCUUCAUGCUUUUUACUCAAAACUAGACGGAUUAACCUUUGCAAAUGAUUUGACAAAAGUUUUUUCUUCUCAUCAAAAUUGAUCUUCUUGUUUGUGAUCAGCCGGCUUUGUAAAUGCAAUGAAUUCAGUGCAUCUGAACAGUCUCCAGAAAGAUAUUGUCUGAUGUUGUCUGAGUAAAUCAUCUGUACUACAACACUCUUAGAUCUUUGUUCUUGGUGCUUUAUAACGACGUGCUUUUAAUAACUUGAAGGAACUGUCCAGUUCAGUAUAUUAGUCAUUCAUUCCAUUUUUAUGCAUACGCAAGAAAUCUUUAAUGUGCAUUUACUAGCAAGAGAAAGGCAUUUUCUCGUUUAUUCUCUGUUUUUCCAGUUUCAGGAGGUCUUUCCUUGUUUUGUCCUACAGCGACUUUGGUUUUGAUUUAAGAAACCUUAUACAAUCGAUGUUUAAACCAUCUGUAUCCAUGACACCAUGAUUCUCAAUCCAUCUGUCUUUUUCCUGUAAUACGAUAUUUUUUAUGUAAUCUGAUCUGGUUUCUACCAACUUUAUGGUAUUUUAUUGCCAAACUAACAUAGAGUUAAUUUUUGAAUGUAUCUUGUUGUAUGUCGUACAAAUGUUCUUCAGAUUUCGGAUUACCGAUUUCUUUGGUCUCUGUUAAAAGGCUUUGAUUUCUACCUUCACGAUGUUUUUCUGAAAUAGUGUAAUUAAGUGAUAAAAUAAUAAGAAGUUGAUUCGUGUCA